AUGCAGGUGCCCCUCAUUCGACUCCAGUGCGGCGUCAACUCCUACGACUGGGGCAAGAAGGGCAGCUCCUCGGCGGCUGCCAGAUUCGCCGCUGCCACGCCGGCCCCCGACUUCUCCAUCCAGGAUGGUAGACCCUACGCCGAGCUCUGGAUGGGCACUCAUCCCUCCAACCCCUCCAAAGACCUGACCACCGGCCGGACGCUGCUCGACCUCGUCCAGGACAAUCAGGCCCUGCUCUCACGGCCCACUGUCGCUCGCUACGGAAAGAAGCUGCCCUUCCUCUUCAAGAUCCUCUCCAUCGACAAGGCCCUCUCCAUUCAGGCACACCCCAACAAGAAGCUUGCCGAGCAGCUGCACGCCCGUGACCCCAAGAACUACCCCGAUGACAACCACAAGCCAGAGAUGGCCAUUGCCAUCACUGAGUUCGAAGGCCUGUGCGGGUUUCGUCCGCUGGGCGAGAUAGCGCACUUCCUGGAGCACAUUCCUGCCCUGCGAGAGUUUGUCGGAGAGGAGGAGUCCAAGGCCUUCAUCGACACCGUCAAAGCUCAUGCCGACAACAACGAUGGCUCCACAGAGGCAGCAUCAAGCAAUAAAAAGGCCCUCCAGAAGGCGUUCGGCGCCCUCAUGUCCCGGCCCCAGUCGGCCCUCGAGUCUGCCACCAAGGCACUUGUCGAGUCUGCUGCCGAUAGCUCGUCAUUCGCAGGGGGCGGUGUUGCGUCUACCCCGGCUGCUACACUUUCUGAACUGGUGACCCGUCUACAUGGCCAGUUUGGAGCCGACUAUGGCCUAUUUGUUCUCUUCUUCUGCAAUUAUGUCACCAUGUCCCCCGGCGAGGCUCUCUACUUAGGUGCCGAUGACAUCCACGCCUACAUCUCCGGCGACAUCGUCGAGUGCAUGGCGGCGAGCGACAAUGUCGUCAGAGCAGGGUUCACUCCCAAGUUCAAGGAUGUCGACACCCUGGUCUCCAUGCUAACAUACAACUACGCCCCUAUCGAGGAGCAAAAAAUGCAUCCCACCGAGUACCCGUAUGCUACGCUGAACCGCGCCGCCUAUAGCUCCGGCAGUGCCACCGUGCUCUAUGACCCCCCGAUCGAUGAGUUCUCCGUUGUGCGGACUGUGUUACGCGGCGAGGGUGCUAAGGCGACAUUCGAUCCCCUCGACGGGCCAUCUAUCAUCAUCUGCACAUCAGGCCAAGGAACAAUCUCCGUAGGGCCGACGAGCCAAGAGGUCAAGGAAGGAUAUGUUUUCUUUGUCGGUGCAACCGCCGAGGUGGUGCUCGAAUCAGGGGUAAGCGGCGAGGACGAGGAGUUCGUGACUUUUAAAGCAUACUGUGAAGUCGAAGACCACAGCAACGGCGCAUAG